GUGACUCCGUGGGCCUGGGGUGGGGGUGGAGGGCAAAGCUGCAGCUGGCUGGGAAUCGGGGCCGGUUUCCUGUCUGGAAGGGAAGGGGCCCGCAGAGGGGAGCGGGGGCAGCAGCAGACAGGCACACCCCUGCCUUUCUCCCUCCCUCUCCUCUUUUCUGCUGGAAAAACGAGCUGGGAGUACAGCUGCCACCAAAGCAAGACUGGACACUGUGCACAGAGCCCCUGCGGCAGCUGGCCUCUCCUCCUGGGACCCUGCUCAUCCUCACCUCACUUUCCUUUCCUCCCCUGCCUGGCUCCCACCAAGGCCUUGGCACAGCAGUAGGCAAGGCAAAUUUGUCACAGCAGCCAAAGUUGUCUAACUGAAGUAUAGAAGGACAGGGGCAGCCUCUGCCCUCUGCCCAAGAGCUGACCACCUCUUUCAAGAACCAGGGAGCAGUGGGAGAAGGAAUUGUGGGACAGUGCAGUGCCUGCCUGCCCCCCUCUGGAGGGGGGCACAAGGGAAGGGGCACUUGGGGGCGCAGAGAUGCAGGACAGACUGCACAUCCUGGAGGACCUGAAUAUGCUCUACAUCCGGCAGAUGGCACUCAGCCUGGAGGACACGGAGUUGCAGAGGAAGCUAGACCAUGAGAUCCGAAUGAGGGAAGGGGCCUGCAAGCUGCUGGCAGCCUGCUCCCAGCGAGAACAGGCUCUGGAGGCCACCAAGAGCCUGCUGGUGUGCAACAGCCGCAUCCUCAGCUACAUGGGCGAGCUGCAGCGGCGCAAGGAGGCGCAGGUGCUGGGCAAGACAGGCCGGCGGCCUUCUGACAGCGGGCCGCCCGCUGAGCGCUCCCCCUGCCGUGGCCGGGUCUGCAUCUCCGACCUCCGGAUUCCACUCAUGUGGAAGGACACAGAAUACUUCAAGAACAAGGGUGACUUGCACCGCUGGGCUGUGUUCCUGCUGCUGCAGCUAGGGGAACACAUUCAGGACACAGAGAUGAUCCUGGUGGAUAGGACCCUCACGGACAUCUCGUUCCAGAGCAAUGUGCUCUUUACCGAGGCAGGGCCAGACUUUGAACUGCGGCUGGAGCUGUACGGGGCCUGUGUGGAAGAAGAGGGGGUCCUGGCUGGUGCUCCCAAGAGACUUGCCACCAAACUCAGCAGCUCGCUGGGCCGCUCCUCUGGGAGGCGUGUGCGGGCAUCACUGGACAGUGCUGGGAGUUCGGGGAGCAGUCCCAUCCUGCUCCCCACCCCAGCUGUGGGCGGUCCCCGUUACCACCUCUUGGCUCACACCACACUCACCCUGGCAGCAGUGCAGGACGGGUUCCGCACACACGACCUCACCCUCGCCAGCCAUGAGGAGAACCCUGCCUGGCUGCCCCUUUAUGGUAGUGUGUGUUGUCGCCUGGCAGCUCAGCCUCUCUGCAUGACUCAGCCCACUGCAAGCGGUACCCUCAGGGUGCAGCAGGCUGGAGAGCUGCAGAACUGGGUGCGUGUGCAUGGAGUCCUGAAAGGCACAAACCUCUGCUGUUACCGGAGACCUGAGGAUGCAGAUGGCGGGGAGGAGCCGCUCUUUACAAUUGCAAUCAACAAGGAGACUCGAGUCCGGGCAGGGGAGCUGGACCAGGCCCCAGGACGGCCCUUCACCCUGAGCAUCAGCAACCAGUAUGGGGAGGACGAGGUGACGCACACCCUGCAGACAGAGAGCCGGGAGGCCCUGCAGAGCUGGAGGGAGGCUCUGUGGCAGCUUUUCUUCGACAUGAGCCAGUGGAAGCAGUGCUGUGACGAAAUCAUGAAGAUUGAAACUCCUGCUCCCCGGAAACCACCCCAAGCCCUGGCCAAGCAGGGCUCCUUGUAUCACGAGAUGGCUAUUGAGCCGCUAGAUGACAUCGCAGCAGUGACAGACAUCUUGGCCCAGCGGGAGGGCACAAGGCUGGAGACGCCCCCGCCCUGGCUAGCCAUGUUUACAGACCAGCCUGCCUUGCCUAGCCCCUACUCACCUGCCUCAGUGGUCCCAGCCCCAGCCUGGACUGACCCUCUGCCCUGGAGGCGGCCCCGAACCUUUUCCCUGGAUGCUGCCCCUCCAGACCACUCCCUUGGGGCUUCUCGCGCGGUUGCCCCUCUCCCCCUGCAGCGAUCCCCACGGUCCAGAGGCCUCUGCGGCAAAGGCUCUGCGCGUACUUGGCUCCAGUCGCCAGUGUGAGAGGAAGGUGCUGGCAGCAGGAUCUGGCCAGGAGAGAGUGACCAUGUGCGGCUGAGCUCUGGAUGUGGCGCUGUCUGCAGCACGCUGGCCAGCUUGGCCUUUCCUCUGCUGGACUGGGGGUAGGGCAGGCAGCAGCCCCUCUGAAGUUGUGGUUGCCAUGGUAUUGAGGGACUCUUUCCAGGGCUGGCUGGGACCCCCUAAAUCCUUCCUGGGAGAAAACUGGAAACCCUGCACUAACUGGCUUUGAGGAUGGCACUGAAGAGCCUUGGGAGGGAAGGCACCUUUCCGGGGCUCCUGCAACAUCAUUAAAGUUAUUUAACAGCCGCCUUCA